AUGGAGAAGGCAGCGGCCGCGGAGCUCCGGCAGGGCGCGCUGGUGCCGCUCACCGCCAUCUGCCUGGUGAAUCUCUUCCUGACUGGGAAAAUAGAAAGUGCUGUUACCUCAUUAGCUGCUUGCAGUGGAGAACUGGAACAGCACACAGAGAGACGGGGAGUCAUCUAUAGUCCUUCUUGGCCAUUGAACUAUCCUCCAGCUGUAAACUGCAGCUGGUACAUUCAAGGAGAUCGUGGAGACAUGAUAACAAUUAGUUUUAAGAACUUUGAUUUGGAAGACUCUCAGAAGUGUGCAGUAGACUGGUUGAUGAUUGGCCCAUCUUCCAAGAAGGAGGAGUACAAAGUGUGCGGAUCUUCCAUACCUCCAUCUUUCAUCUCUGCCAGGGACCAUGUUUGGAUAUUUUUUCACUCAGAUGCAUCAAGCUCAGGACAGGCUCAGGGAUUUCGCCUUUCUUACAUUAGAGGAAAGAUGGGUCAGGCUGUAUGCCAGUCAGAUGAAUUCCGUUGUGCGAACGGCAAGUGUAUUCCCAGUACUUGGAAGUGUAACUCCAUGGAUGAGUGUGGUGAUAACUCAGAUGAGAGAAACUGCACUGUCCCUCCAACAGAGCCUCCGUCCAGCAUCUGUCCCUCAGGAAUGUUCCAGUGCAGUGCAGCCCACUCCACCAAGUGCUUGAUGAACGAGCUGAGAUGUAAUUCAGUUAAGGACUGCAGUGAUGGUUCUGAUGAAGAUAAUUGUCCUGAUCUUUCCUGUGGCAAAAGGCUGGGUAAUUUUUAUGGAUCUUUUGCUUCCCCAGACUUAUUCCGUGCUGACCAUAGCAGAUCAGACCUUCGUUGCACAUGGUACGUGGACACACAAGAUAAUCGACAUGUUCUGUUGCAGCUUGAUUUGCAGUUAGGCUACAACGACUACGUAAAGGUAUAUGAUGGCAUCGGAGAGAGAGGUGAUAAAUUAAUGCAAACAUUUUCAUACCACAACAAUAGGCAUUCGGUGAGCGUGGAGUCAUCAAAGGGCCAGCUCACUGUCUCAUAUCAUGCCCGCUCCAAGAGCACUGGUCAUGGGUUCAAUGCAACCUAUCAGGUGAAAGGCUAUUGCCUUCCUUGGGAACACCCUUGUGGAAGCGAUGAGGAGUGUUUCACAGAUAAGCAGCAUUGUGAUGGCUGGUGGCACUGUCCAAAUGGCAAGGAUGAGGAGAACUGUCCCGCUUGCCAGAAGAACGAAUACCCAUGUGAAGGAAACAGUGGGCUUUGUUACUCAAUACUUGACCGCUGUAAUAACCAAAAGAACUGCCCAGAUGGCUCAGAUGAAAAAAACUGCUUUACUUGCCAGCCAGGAAACUUCCAUUGUGGUACAAAUCUGUGCAUCUUUGAGACUUGGCGCUGUGACGGCCAAGAAGACUGCCAGGAUGGAAGCGAUGAACAUAACUGCCUGGUGAUCGUUCCCAGGAAGGUCAUCACAGCUGCUCUGAUUGGGAGUCUUGUGUGUGGCUUGCUGCUGGUGAUAGCACUGGGUUGUGCAUUUAAACUAUAUUCUCUGAGGACCAGGGAAUACAGAGCAUUUGAGACCCAGAUGACGCGACUUGAGGCAGAGUUUGUGCGGCGGGAAGCUCCACCUUCCUACGGGCAGCUGAUUGCACAAGGACUUAUCCCCCCAGUUGAAGAUUUCCCUGUGUACAAUGCAUCACAAGCUUCUGUGCUGCAGAACAUUCGAACAGCUAUGAGGAGGCAGAUGAGACGACACUCGUCAAGACGGAGCUCGUCUCGGCGGCGCUUGGGCAGGCUCUGGAACAGACUCUUCCACAGACCUCGGGUGAGAGGACAGAUCCCGCUCCUGACACCCGCCCGCACUUCACAGACUACACUGGGUGAUGGAAUCAUCAACCGUGCUGAUGGGACUAUUCAGAGUCCUCCACCUUCCCCCGAAGGACCUAGUUUAGAGGCAGAUGCCCACGGCCAAGCCAGGGUCCUACAAGAAGCUGGAUGUAACAGCUUGCAGCCAGAGACUGAAAUCACAGACCCAUCGCCUUCAAAUGUCUUACUGAAUACUUGCACAGCUGCACAUACAGAGCCCGAGGCUGGACGCGCUGAUAAAUCUUCAGGUGCUGAGACCUCUGGCAGUGACCUUAAGCAGUCCAGUAAAGUGGAUUCAGGAAAGGCUUUCAGAGAUCCUUUGUCUGAAAGUGUUACAGAAACGAUCCAUGGAGGGUCAGCAUCCAGGAGGACUGUCCCAGAAGGCAGUAGUUUAAGUAGAAGUCAUCCGCUGAGUGAAGAGCCAUGUAGGUUACCCUUAAAAAAGUGGGAGUCUGCGUAUUCAGACAGCCCUAUGAAUGUUCAUAUUCAAGUGGAUGGACAAAACCGAUGUUGCCCUAACUCAUACCGGGAGGAGCCUUUGGGUAUUCAUGCAGCUUGUUGCCAUUCUGUGGAAGUGCCAAUGUUAGAGCCCUCUACUCCCCUCUCUGAAAUCAAUACCAGUGAUGAUGAAUCUUUACUUGUUUGCUAAUAAAAAUUUUUGGUUUGGCCCUGUAGAUUUUGUAACUUCAUUGUUUCUAUGACAGUGCACUUUGAUGAUAGGUGGUAUGUCUGCUCUCAACCUUGUCUCUUAAAACCAGUGUGCUUUAAUCUCCCAGGGAGUACAGUACAAGACUAAAUGGGACAAGUUUUUGUCUUCAUUGCUAUUCCUGAAACUCCAGUGGGGCAGAAGUAGGCCAGUAUGCAAUGUCAGGGGCUAGGAGAGCAAGAAUGUGUCACUGCAGUUUGGAGGCAUCUCCAUCCUCUGGUAUUUCUCCUGUGCAUUUAUUCAUUCUGCAUUCAGGGAAUUAGUGUUUCUUUGCUUUUCAAGUGGUCUUACUGAAACUAGAGAGAACUCUGUUGGAACCUGGGGCAGGCACCAGUCAUUGUAACUAUGAGUACUAAACUAGAAAUAACAUUGUUGUCUUUUUAGACAUCAUAAUUUAAUUAAUUACAAAUAUUUAGAAGAAAAUAAAAUCCUUUGUAGCUUCCUCUUUAUAGAAAUUGUUCACUUUCUUUGCUUCCUUCCGAAAUGUUUUGAUGGCCAUAUGUACCUUGAGGCAUCCACUAAAACCAAAGUUGCUGUAUAGAAUACUCAGAACGAUACCAGGUGUCUUACCUGCUACAGCUUUGUAAUAAGAGGUAAGCAGCGUUAGGUAUAAGCGGAGUGCAUUGAACCCCAGUUGCAGCAAUAUUUCUUUUUUGUGUUGUCAUGUUACAUUCUCUUCAUAGUGAUGUUGUGAAGGUUGAAGAAUUGUUUGCUUUCUCCCUGCCCUCUUUUUCCCCUCCUCCCUUCUAUUUUCAGGGACUUUUAUCAUUAUACCACUUUGGGUGUGCCCUGAAGGAUACAGAGGGGUCACAGCUCCUGUUGGCUGCAGUAGGAAGCACUGAGCACUUGGUAACUGUCAGGAUCAGACUUCUGUUUUAUUUUGAAAUAAAAUCUGCUUCACCAGUUGUAUAAAUAAUCUUUUUGAAUUUUUUAUUCUAGAGAUCUUGCUUGCAUUUUUCUUUUAAGAACUGAAAUAGAUCAGUGCCAUUUUCAAAGCUGACACUGUGGAUUGUACACAACACUUAAAUGUAAACUGGUGCCUUUUUGGUUUUUAGAGUGUAAUUAAAAGCAAGCAAGCUAUUUACCUGGAAGAAGGGUAACACAGCUUAACCAGGAGUGACUCGGCGCAGAAUGACAGAAUAUGACUGUGAUAGCUUGGCCCUGUUGCGAUGGAUGGGGCAUUGGCCAGGCUCCCCCAUGCUCUGACAACAGCUCUGCUUUAAUGCCCCUGUGACGCAGUGACAAACUGAAAUGCUUUAUAUAGGAAUUAACAAGGAAGUUGAUGAUGCUGCUCUAUAAAUACCCGAGUGCUCUGAAGCCUGUUUAUUGCAGUAGGAAUUCAAGCUGCCCGAAGUUAGUAACUGAACUUGUAAAAUUGAGGUGGACCUGGGCUCUGCUGUCCACUGGACCCUCCAGGCUGUAAAGGUAAACAGGCUUUUGCAGUGAACAGUUAAGUUUACAUCAAAGUUUCAGAGAUAUUUUUUUUUUUUUUUUGGU